UGGCUUUUCAAGGUAGCCCAAGAAGAACAAGCCAAAGAAACCAAUCCAAGCAACAGUAAACAAACAGCUUCAACAGUCCAAAAACCAGUUUGUAAGGAUCUGGUUCUGCAAAAAAGGAGUGGAAGUUAUAGGAGAUCGAAAAGAUCUGAAGGUGAAGUGGAGUGUGUGGAUUUCAGGAGAUGCUUUUAUAGUACUCUAAACCUGAAGAUACUUGGAAGCUUUCAUAAGAGCAAGUGUUGGAUACAAGAAGUGAUCAUAAAAGAAGAAGAGCUUUCUCAAGAAUUGUGUAUGGGUCACAAGGGGGAUUUAGUUGUUGCCCAUGUAGGCAAUAAGGUUCUUCCAAUAUCUGAUUCAAAUGAUCAACAUGAGUCAUCAGAGAAGAGAGAUCAACCCAAGGGGAAUAAGGCCAAAGCUAUCUCUAGAAUGAAGGAGUUGCUGAGAUGGGCUGCUGCUGCAAAGGCUGAGAAGGGUGGAAAGUACAUCAGUAGAAAGCUUUUGUACUUCCGAACCCGUGGUGCACUCAAAGAAGCAGCACAUGAUGAUGAUUCAAGCUUAAGUUCUCCCAAGAUCAGCUUCAGAUGGGAUAUUGGAAGCUGUUCCACCUCCUCCUCUGCUUACUCUGGGUUCUCAUUCACAUCAUCUUCUACAAAAACUGAUCGAACACAGAUCAAGCCGCUCGUGACCAAAUCCGCAGCCCAUAAUGUUUCAGUUCCUGAUUCAAGUACUAACAAGGAUGCAAUAGCAUCUAACCAAGACAGUGAUGAACAAUGUACAUCUAGAAGAGGAGGAAAUUGGAUCACCACAGAUGAAGAAUUUGUGGUGCUAGAGCUCUGAAACAAAAACACAAAAAUUUAAUUUCUAAAGAAGAUGUCUCAUGACA